AUGGCUUCCUUGGUCCCUUCUUCAAGCUUAGGUUCCAAUGUGACAAUUACAAAACAAGAGUUCUUCAGCUUUCAUAACAUCGAUCGUCAACUCUUCAUCCGUUUAGUCGUGGGACUAGGUCGUGACACGAGCGAAUCCACACAUGUCAUGGCCUUCAUUUUGUGGCUUGAAAAUUUGAGCCAAAAUAUGACAAUUGUUAAGAACUUGCUCCAAUGGCCUGACACCAAGCUUAAUUAUCUCGUGGAUGAGGUGACUUUGGUCUUGGAAUGCAUUGAAAAUUCUGAUUUCCCCUAUAAUGAUGAUGUUAAUCAAAAUGGCUUGCCCUUGAUCCAAUUCCUCAUUCGUGACAAAACCAAACCCCUCAAAUACUUUCAUAGUAAGCGUGUGAAUAUCGUUAGUGCAGUCACCAAGUUAUUCAACGAUGUUUGCGUAAAGGCCUUCACGGACAUAGUGCAACAAGUGCAACAUGAGAGGGCCACUAUGAACGAACGUAACUUUCAAAUUGAAAAUAUGUAUGGGGCUGUGCCCGAUCCUUACAUGCAAAUGCAACAAGUGAUGUAUUAUGUUCCAACACCUAGUGUUACUAUUGUGCCCCAACAAGUUCUGGUAACAACACCACAACUGGGUGAGGGAAGUUCCAGCUCUUGGAGUGGUGCUAUUAAUCCACCUCUAGAAACUUUUGAUGUUUCAAACCAAAAUGAUUUUAAUCAAAUUUACGAUGAGGUUAUGACCAUGUUGAAUCACACUACAAUUACUAGUACUGGUGAUGAGAAAAUGGACGUGCCUGCCAAUGAUAGGACAAUCUUUAUGACAUUCUCUAAGGGAUAUCCUAUUUCGGAGGCUGAAGUUCGAGAAUUCUUCUCAAGAAGAUAUGGAGAUAUCAUUGAAACAAUACAAAUGCAAUUUGUGGUUCCACCGGAGCAAUCAUUGUAUGCUCGCGUAGUGAUUCGCCUUGAGGCCAUAAACAUUAUUGAUCAUUUUCUUGAAAGUAAAAGUAAAGUGAAGCUGUCCAUCAAUGGGAAGCAUGUUUGGGCUAGAAAGUAUGUUCACAAGGGUAACAAGUCACAACAGAAAACGUCCCAAGUGACUGCUGAAUCACCUUCACCUUUUUCAGCAGGAACAUCUUCUUGGUGA